AUGAUUAAUUCUGAGUUAACGGCUUACUCCAAUCUCUGGUUUGCGGAGUCAUCAGUACAAAUGCCGAGUGAUCCAAAUUCUGUAUUUGCUUUGCAGGAGUUGUUGGAGCGGGUGAUUAUGCCUCAAAUUGGGAAGCAUGUUGCGGAGUCUGUUCGUAGCACUUGGGAGCCGAUGAUGGAGAAUUUGUCCCGGAAAGUUAUGCAGGUAAAAGAGCAACUAGAUUUGAUCACAGAAAAACUUAAUCCAGGAGCAAAACAGGUGUCUGAGAAUGGAACCCACGGUACCGGCCCGGAGCCACAACAUCUAGCGCUGAAGUUCUUUGGAAAAGUGCGUGAACCACUUUUCACUGGACAAUACAUCCAAGGAGAAGGAGAAGGAAAUAGCAGCAUUCAAGUAGCUCUGGUUGAUGCCAAUGGUAAAACCAUCGAUACUGGACCAGAAGCUUCAUCUGAAGUGGAGAUAUCGGUCCUUGCGGAGGGUGAAGACAGUCAAAAGAGGCAGCCUAUUCUUUCCAGAAACAAACUGAAACUGGAUGAAGGGAUUGCUUUUCUGGAUAACAUAAAAUUCAGAAAUAAGUCAAAAUGGACACAGGACUGCAGGAUCAAGCUGCUUGCAAGAAACAUGAAGGUGGGGCGCACAACCGUGAAAGAUGCAAUAUCAGAACCAUUCCUUGUUCGUGACCAUCGUAGUACGUUGUACAACAAGCAUUACCCUCCAUUGCUUUCUGAUGAGAUGCUUGGUAUCGGUUCUGAGAAGUUAACUGUUAUUGUUAACCAUGCUAAGACUUGCAAGAUCCCAGAGAAUCAGUGUUAUACUUACAACUCUCCUUGUAGCUGGGAAAGAAAGAUGACUGUGGUGUUUGACGAAGUUGGAUGUAUACGAGGUCUAAUCAAUGCAGAUCACCAAUUUGUUCCUGUCGACAGCCUUCCUGAAGAUGAAAAGGGUGAUGCCAACAAAUUGGUGGUAUCUGCCUUCCAGAACUGGAAGGAUGUCAGGCCCUAUGAUAAUAAGCCUUCCCCUUUUGUUUUCCCUUCUCAGGCACCCAGUAAUGUUGAUCCUUCGGGAAAUGAACUUGAAUGUGCUUCUUCUGCUGGGCUUGCAUCUUCUAUGGAUGAUAAUGAUGACAAUUGCUUUUUAACCAGUCAAGAAAUUCGCGAUCUAUUUAUUACAUUCGGACUCUCGAGUGAUAUGGCCAAUCCCAGGGUGGAAUCGCCUGAUGUUAUAAACGCCACUGGUGGGGCAUUCUGUAAAGGUUUUUCUGCUCAGGAUCAUGUCCCUUCUUCUGGGAAAGCGAAAAGAAGAUGGAAAUUGGUAGUCAUGUCUAUAAGGAAGAAAAUUGAGACACCAGCAGAACCAGAAGAACAUACUCGUGCUCAGAAAAAGCAGCGACGCGGUUGA